CGAAGAUCGUCACGACAUGUACAAUCAUCAUCAGCAGUUAGCUCGGUUCACGGUUCAGUAAGCCUUUAUUGCUUUAGUAGUUUAUUUUAUUCAGUUAUGAAAAAGAAAAGCCUGUUAGGAAGCAUGUUAGUAGCCUGAUAGUAGAAUAGGCGCAUGUUUCAUUUCUAAUUUCCAAAUUAAGCGGCAUUAGUAAGCUCGCCUUGAAUACGACCUGAUAUGCCAACUCUUGGUUUCGCAGGCGGUUCUAAUCAGAUGGACGCCAGGCGGACUACCAGGAGUCGGGGCAACUCCGUGGGGUCGAAUCAGGGAGAGGGAGCUCGGUUUCCCCCACCUGCUAGGGGCCGAGGUAGAGGUCCCCGAGGCAGGGCUCGUGGUCGGGGUGUUGAGGACCCGCCACAGGCUGCCCAGGCUCCCCCAGCCGAUCAGGGAGCCCCGAACUGGGAGUUGCGGUUUGCGGAGAUGCAAGCCCGGAUCGAAGAACAAGACCUCGAGAUUCAGAGGUUGAGACAGCAGGGUGCUCCUGCAGUUCCAGUGCCAGUAGUUCCAGUGGCACCUGCCCCUGCUGCCCAGGCCGAGAUAGUGGUGGCGGCCCAUAGAUUGGAACCGUUGUAUGAGCGGUUCCGGAAGCAAGCACCUCCGGUAUUCCUGGGAGGUCCAGAUGUGUCGAAAGCCGAGCAGUGGCUUACGGUGAUUACCAGAAUCUUGAACUUUAUGGGUGUCACCGGUAACGACAGAGUGGUGUGCGCCACAUUUCAGUUCCAGGAGGAUGCCCUGGUAUGGUGGGACAUGGUGUCUCAGAUUCACGAUGUCACCACCAUGACCUGGGAAAGGUUCCAGGAACUCUUCAACGCGAAAUACUACAAUGAGGCGGUCAGAAGCGCCAAGAGGAAAGAGUUCGUUCACCUGACCCAGCGGGAGAACAUGAGUGUCACUGAGUAUACUACUCAGUUUGACCGGUUGGCGAGGUUAGCCUCGGGAAUUGUGCCGACCGACUUCAGCAGGAAGGAGAAGUAUCUGGACGGGUUGAAUCCCAAGAUCAGGCAUGACCUGAUGAUUACCACUGACGACAGCACCACCUAUGCUCAGAUGGUGGAGAAGGCACUGCGAGCUGAGGGCGCAGUGGGGUGCAUGUCAGAAUCAGCCAGUACUCCGGUUAGUGGCGGAGCUCCUACCCCUCCUGCAUCAGGCUUCAGCAGGGGGAGUAGUGGUUCGGCCAUUGAUCAGAGGAAGAGGGCACCCACUGCUUCCGGCGGCUCGAGCCAGAACAAGAGGUUCCGGGGGAACCAGAACAGAGGGAGUCGUCCUGGUGGUAAUGAGACCCGAUUCUCCUACCCCGAGUGCCCUAGCUGCAAGAGGCAUCAUCGGGGAGAGUGCAAGGGGCAGGGAUGCUUUCAUUGUGGCAUGCCCGGGCACUUCAAGAGGGAAUGUCCCCAGCUCCGGCCAGAGGCACCGAGAGCUCCAGCGAUACCCACUCCAGCCAGGGUAUUCGCUAUCACGCAGGCUGAUGCAGAUGCCAGCCCAUCAGUUGUUACAGGUAAAGGCAAGGCUGUAGCUGAUGGACCGUGACCGAGCAUAUGAGAUUGUACAUGUCGGGGCGGUUAGGCCUGGAGCGUACGAUCCUCGGGACAGCAGGGCUGAGAUUUUGUAACUGUCGUUAGACGACUUUAUUUUGAUGUAAAAGUUGAAUAGUUAAAACGUUUGUAAAUAUUUUUAUAAAUCGGGAUCCCGAGACUUUUUGCAAAAUGGUUUAUAAGUUUAAUGAAAAAGCAAAAUUUUAAUUAA